AUGGCAUCAAAAUCAUUCAAGGCGAGCAGAUCCAAUCUAUCAACAGCAUCAUCGGAUGUGCUGGAUUCGCAUAAUGGUAAGCCUCCACUGCCCCCACAUGUGACAUUUGCUCGGAGGACUUCAUCUGGUCGAUAUGUCAGUUACUCAAGGGAUGAUCUUGAUAGCGAACUCGGAAGUGUUGAUUUUAUGAACUAUACAGUGCACAUGCCUCCAACUCCGGAUAACCAGCCCAUGGAUCCCAUCUCUCAAAGGGUUGAAGAGCAAUAUGUGUCGAGUUCACUGUUCACCGGUGGAUUUAACAGCGUUACACGAGCUCAUCUUAUGGAUAAGGUUAUUGAAUCAGAAGCAAACCAUCCACAAAUGGCUGGUGCCAAAGGGUCGUCUUGUGCAGUUCCUGGAUGUGAUGGCAAUGUCAUGAGUGAUGAAAGGGGAAAUGAUAUCCUCCCGUGUGAGUGUGAUUUCAAGAUAUGUAGAGAUUGUUACUUGGACGUGAUCAAAACUGGAGAUGGGAUUUGCCCGGGGUGUAAGGAGCAGUAUAAGACUACUGAUUUGGAUGAAGCAAUGGAAACUGUGCGAGCACUUCCUCAACUCCCACCGCCAUCUGGGAUGUCGAGAAUGGAGAGGAGGUUGUCAUUGAUGAAAUCAACAAAGUCAGCACUAAUGAGAAGUCAGACGGGAGAUUUUGAUCACAACCGGUGGCUGUUUGAAACAAAAGGAACCUAUGGAUAUGGAAACGCUAUAUGGCCAAAGGAGGGAGGCUUUGAGAACGGGAAAGAUGAUGACUUUGUUGAACCUACUGAGUUAGUGAACAAACCAUGGAGGCCACUUACUCGCAAACUUAAGAUUCCAGCUGCUAUACUUAGCCCAUACAGGCUUCUUAUUGUUAUACGAAUGGUAGUUCUUGGGUUUUUCUUGACGUGGAGAAUCCAGCACCCCAACAAUGACGCCUUCUGGCUCUGGGGGAUGUCUGUGGUUUGUGAAUUAUGGUUUACUUUCUCUUGGAUUCUUGACCAACUACCAAAGCUUUGCCCCGUUAAUCGAGCUACAGAUCUUAAUGUCUUAAAAGAGAAAUUUGAAAUGCCUAGCUUAAGCAAUCCUACUGGCAAGUCUGAUCUUCCCGGCAUAGAUAUCUUUGUCUCUACUGCAGAUCCAGAGAAAGAACCACCCCUUGUCACUGCUAAUACCAUAUUGUCUAUACUAUCUACCGAUUAUCCAGUUGAAAAGCUUGCUUGUUAUGUUUCUGACGAUGGAGGGGCACUUUUGACAUUCGAAGCCAUGGCAGAAGCUGCAAGUUUUGCAAAUAUAUGGGUCCCAUUUUGUCGCAAGCACAACAUUGAACCAAGGAAUCCAGAAACUUAUUUCAAUCUGAAGAAAGAUCCUUACAAGAACAAGGUGCGUCAAGACUUUGUCAAGGACCGCAGACGAGUAAAGCGCGAGUAUGAUGAGUUUAAGGUUCGGAUCAAUAGCCUGCCAGACUCUAUACGGCGCCGAUCUGAUGCUUAUCAUGCAAGGGAGGAACUUAAGGCCAUGAAGGAACAGAGACAGACAAAAGGAGAUGAACCUGUAGAGGUUAUCAAGGUCAAGAAAGCUACAUGGAUGGCAGAUGGAACCCAUUGGCCUGGAACUUGGCAGAAUCCUGCACCUGAGCACUCUAAAGGUGAUCAUGCGGGAAUAAUACAGGUGAUGUUGAAACCUCCAAGUGAUGAACCACUACAGGGAACAGCAGAAGGUGGGUUGAUUGACCUGACUGAUGUUGAUAUUCGUCUCCCCAUGCUUGUUUAUGUUUCCCGUGAAAAGCGCCCUGGAUAUGAUCACAAUAAGAAAGCAGGUGCCAUGAAUGCUCUGGUUAGAGCCUCCGCAAUCAUGUCUAAUGGCCCCUUUAUUCUUAACCUUGAUUGUGACCACUACAUCUACAACUCCCAAGCCAUGAGGGAAGGAAUGUGUUUCAUGAUGGAUAGAGGUGGUGAUCGUCUAUGCUAUGUGCAGUUUCCUCAAAGAUUUGAAGGUAUUGACCCAUCCGAUCGCUAUGCCAAUCGCAAUACUGUUUUCUUCGAUGGAAACAUGCGUGCUCUUGAUGGGCUACAGGGUCCAGUUUAUGUCGGAACCGGUUGUCUCUUUAGGCGGGUUGCUCUUUAUGGCUUUGAUCCACCUCGGUCCAAAGAACACAGCCCUGGCUGGUGCAGCCGCUGCUUUGGCCGGCGGAGAAAGCAUGCCACAGUUGCUAGUUCCCCAGACGAGAACCGAUCCUUGAGAAUGGGUGAUUCUGACGACGAAGAAAUGAACCUCUCACUUUCUCCAAAAAUGUUUGGAAAUUCUAAUUUAUUGAUGGAUUCAAUACCGGUGGCAGAGUUUCAAGGUCGUCCUCUGGCUGAUCAUCCAGCUGUGAAGAAUGGACGACCGCCAGGUGCUCUCACCUUUCCCCGAGAUCUUCUUGAUGCGUCGACUGUUGCAGAGGCAAUCAGUGUUAUCUCCUGCUGGUAUGAGGAGAAGACUGAAUGGGGACAGCGGAUUGGAUGGAUUUAUGGGUCUGUUACAGAAGAUGUUGUCACAGGUUAUAGGAUGCAUAACAGGGGAUGGAAAUCAGUGUACUGUGUGACUAAGCGUGAUGCCUUCCGUGGGACUGCCCCUAUCAAUCUCACAGAUAGGCUUCAUCAGGUCCUUCGUUGGGCUACUGGUUCAGUCGAAAUAUUCUUCUCCCGCAACAAUGCCCUUCUGGCAAGCUCAAAAAUGAAGGUUUUGCAAAGAAUCGCGUACCUCAACGUCGGAAUUUAUCCUUUCACUUCGGUUUUCCUAAUUGUCUACUGCUUUCUUCCUGCACUAUCCCUGUUCUCUGGCCAGUUUAUUGUUCAAACCCUCAAUGUCACAUUCUUAGUAUACCUCUUGAUCAUUACCGUAACACUCUGUAUGCUCGCUGUGCUUGAGGUCAAGUGGGCCGGCAUUGAACUAGAAGAGUGGUGGAGGAACGAACAGUUCUGGUUGAUUGGGGGGACUAGUGCUCACUUGGCUGCCGUGUUUCAGGGGCUGCUAAAAGUUAUUGCUGGAGUCGAGAUCUCUUUCACCUUGACAUCGAAAUCAGCUGGGGAUGAUGACGAUGACGAAUUUACUGAUCUCUAUCUCGUCAAAUGGACAUCCCUCAUGAUCCCGCCUAUCACCAUUAUGAUGGUUAAUUUGAUAGCCAUAGCAAUUGGAUUUAGCCGCACAAUUUACAGUGUUAUACCACAAUGGAGCCGUCUUUUAGGAGGAGUUUUCUUCAGUUUUUGGGUUUUGGCACAUCUCUACCCCUUUGCAAAAGGGCUUAUGGGCAGAAGAGGGAGAACUCCCACAAUUGUAUUUGUAUGGUCAGGACUUAUUGCCAUCAUAAUAUCCCUCCUAUGGGUGGCCAUCAAUCCUCCAGCAGGCAGUAACCAGAUUGGGGGUUCAUUCCAGUUUCCUUGA